UUCCAAGGCACCCAACCCACCACCGAACUUCCAACCCCAACAGCCUAGCUUCUCUUGGCUCUCUCAUGUUUAGAAAGAGCCGAUCAGCGCCAAGCCAUGGCCAGUACUGAAGAAUUCAGCUUCCCUACCACCGCUGACUUAUACCCCUGUGGGAUUGAUUCUCCCCCCUUGUGGCGUCUGUCUCCUGCUGCAUCUCCUGAUGUUUUUCUUGACAGGAAAGCAAAAGAAUGUUCAAGGAGAGGGGAAGAAGAUUGUUUUCCAGAUAGACCAGAGAAGAAGCAUCAGGAUCGAAAGAGCUUUUCAUAUGUAGAGAAAGUUUCAAAGGUGUCAUCCAAGAAAGUAGCUGCUGAGGAUGAAGAGGAAAAGAUGGACCUGUUGUGGGAGGAUUUCAAUGAAGAAUUGCCAACAAGUCGCAGUUCAGGGUCUUCCGUAGACAUGGUAGAAUUGGGUUGUGCUCAGGCCUUGAAAUUCUCCAAGAACAAUGCUGCCAUGUUCCCUCCAAGAAGACCAGGCAUGUUGGUUUUCAUGAGGGUCUUGAGAAAGCUCUUCUUGGUUCAUAAUUCUCAGCGGUCAGUUAAACAUCGCACCUGGCAAACUCCAUAGUUUGAUUGAUUUAUUGCUGACAAAUUAAGGUCUCCUCAAAAAGUUUCAUUUUCUAUAUGUAAAGUCAUGGAAAGGUAUAUAUUUUUAAGCUUUCCCACCCUGUAUUCAGCUGGUUUUGGAGCUUUUUCCAAGGACUAAACAGAGUCUUGUUGCUCCUCGAGUUAUGAGAUACCACUCCAUUUUAAUUCUGGAACUUGGAAGUGUAUGAACUAUGAAGAAACAAAUCUAUAAUAUCCCAGAUUCUUAAUUACUCUUA